AAGGAUGUCGUCUUCUCAAUCACGAGCGGCCCACUCAUCUUGGCCUCAUCUCACGAUGGAUUCAAUUGUAUGUCAAACGCUUCUUUUCUCUUUGCUCUUUCUAGCGUAUGGAGCGGACAAAGUGUUAGCGCAAGAUACGAACGCCACCUGUCUCCCCAGCUUUAACUGGGCGUUGAAUAGUGCCAAAGAAAACCCGUGUAAGGUUGCGUCAGAACUCCAAGCAGUGUGUGACGGGGGAUCGAUUGUGGUCUCCCUCCCGCCGGGAUAUCACUAUAUUGGUCCGGUGAAGGGUAGCGAGACAAAUGCUCCAAACUAUUGCGCUUGCACCUCCAUUGUGUACGAGCUAAUGUCGGCGUGUGGGGCAUGCCAGAACCGGACAUUCAUAUCGUAUCCGGCUUGGACGAUCGACUGCACCAAUAUCUCGACCACGGAGGGUGAGUACAACCCGUCAUUGAUUCCUAGUGGCACUCUUGUGCCCCGCUGGGCUUAUCUUAAGCCUUCCAGCUACGGUGGACUAUUCAACAUAGAAAUUGCGAUGCAAAUUGGCGACGCACCCGAAAGUUCGCGGUCAUUGUCAUUGAACACGACAUCUUCCACCACCACCACAACCCCCACGCUGACUCUAUCGGGAGGCACAGAUCUGACAACAACAACCUUCCCUACUUCUACGGUCAACACCUCUACGACCCAACAUUUCUCCACUCCCACUCCCACUCCUACUUCUCGAGGUGGCAGUAGAGGCAGAAGCUCGAACACCGGCGCGUUCAUGAGAGGUGUGGUUGGGGGGUUGGUUGGCCUUGCUCUGGUCACAGUUAUGUGACGGAACCAAGUGCGGACUCAUGCGAUACGGGAUCUCAGCCGCGAAUGCGCAAUUCGUCGCGUGUCUAGAACCCCCCAUCCCAACCCUAGGAGGAAUAAAGUGACCAUCCCGAGGCUUGAUCGUUUCAUUCUUCUGUAGUAUUUAGAAUUUUUGGAAGUGGCGCAAUCAUGGCUCAGUUUGUAUUCCCUGAUUGUCCACCACUUUUUAGCGUUUCCAUCAUUUUCAUCAUGCUCCUACUCGUUUCGGAAUUUGAUUGUGUAGCAAGUCGUGACACAGGUCUUGCUAGAGUAGGGACUAUUUUUUAUAAAGUUGUUGAGAUUCAACACUGUAUAGCUAGGUACCUGUUUGGCGCUUCGCUUGGAUUAGCGAUGCAGUAACAUGUUCUAGCAUAACACACUAUUACUGUUGCUGGUAACACGGAC